CGUUAUUUCCUACAAUCAUUCCAUCUUGUUGAUAUUGCUGUUGAUGCUCUUGUUGUCGAUACGCUUGCUGGGAUUCUUUAUGUGGUUGAGUAUUAUAUCCUCUAUCAUAUCCAAUGUUAGGUUUAUGACUUCCGACGUCAAUUUGAUAAGAUUGUUGGUGUUGUUGCCCAUCCUCUGUGCGCGGUUGAGUGUUGUAACCUCCAUCGUUUCCAACAAACGCUAUGCUACGGCGCUUCGUGUCUACUGGAUAUUGGUGCAGUCGGUGCAGCUGAUUUGGCUGUUGUGAAGCCUGAUACUGGUAAUCAUUCUGCAACUGUGUGGUUUGUCCAUGGAAUCCGUGUGGUUGUGUAUGGUUUUGAUUGUGGUAAUCCGUACGACCUACAUCCGCUGAAUACCUUGAACCUCUAUUCUUGUCUCGACUACUGCCCUUACUUCCUUUCCUGCUCAACACUUCUGGAUCAAUAUAGCGACUAACAUCACGAUCCUUGCGAUAUCCAAAUUCAUCCAAGUCCUCUUCUUCUUGUUUUUCAGAGUCAUAGUAAUAAUGUGUGGUUUGUAUCUUUUUGGUCAAGACCAAUGAACUGGGACGGUCUACUCCUGGGACAUCAUCAUUUGGUUGAAACGAAGAGUUGGU